UAUUUCUUUGCCACAAUCUGACCACAAAAUAUUUUUGUAGGGCAAACACAAAAACAGCUGAUUUCGAGAAAACAAAGUUAUUUGCCUGCAAAGAAAAUUUUGAUCAAUGUGGCCACAAUGUGAACACCUGUAAUCAAAUAUUUUCCUCUAUUUAGAGUAAACAUUUAUUUGACCUUGCAAUGGUUUUGUAUGAGAAAACAGUGAGAAAUAACAGCUGUUGCAUCACUGUUGUCAGCUUUUUAUAUUUAAAAAUCACUUUUCUCAAGCAAUUUGAUAUUUACAAAUUAUAUAAUUAUAUUAAUACCGCAAAUGCAUUGCAGAUAAAAACAACAUACAAAUAUCUUUUUGUUCGUUAUACUACACCUUUUCAGUUGUAAAGCGAAUUAUUUUAGUUUUAAUUCGUAACAUUUUAUUUGUAAGUUAAGAAAUAUGUCUGUAAUUCAAAUAAUUUCCUUUUUUAAAUUGAGAAUUCCAACUGCAAUUCUAUUUAGUUUUAUUCGAACUGCAAAUGGAAUUAUUCGAAUUACAAAUAGAAUUCUCAAUUUAUAACUGGAUUGAAAUUCAAUUCAACUAGACAUAUUCGAAUUAUAAACGCAAUAAUUUGAAUUACAAAUUAUUUCUCGAAUUACAAAUGGAAUGUUACCAAUUAAAACCAAAAUUAUUCGAUUUACAACUGAAAAGUUGUAUAUUAAAAUCCCAAAAGACGUUGAUCGCUAAAAGCGUUUUUAUUUCAAAUACGACAUUGACAACAUUGACAUGCAAAACAGCUGUGCAGAUAAACGUUUACCUACAAAAAGGAAAAAUUAAAAGUUAAAGUGAGAAGUGAUUCUAAAAAAAAGAAUAAAUAAAAUGGAAAUGGAAUAUGAAGUGCCGCAGAAGAAAUCUCGGGGAAAGCCAAAGGUUGCAAAGGAGUGGGCAGAGGAAGAUAUUUUUAAGCUCAUUGCUCUAGUGGAGGAACAAAGUUGUCUGUGGAAUGCGGGAUGUGAUGGAUACCACAACAAAAUACUCCGCGACAACGCAUGGCGGCACAUUUCCGAACAAUUUGAUGAUAAAUAUACCCCUGCAGAUCUCACCGCAAAGUGGACAAACUUGAGGAUACAGUAUCGAGGAUAUGCGGCCAGGUCCAAAACAAAGUCGGGACAAGGCGCAAUUGAACCACCUAAAUGGAGAUUUUUUAAUGUCAUGAAGUUUGUAGGACGAAAUGAAGAGGCUCAGACGCAAGACACAAUUUCAAACCUAUUAAUAGAAAUAGAUUCAGAAAGUAAUUCUUUUGAUGUUUGUGCAUCGCCAUCUUUGCCAACGCCACCACCAACAUCAACACCACGGCGGUUACAGGCUCCAACUGUGCAAUCUGCAACAACACAAAUUGCGGAGACUAUGCGGGAGGCAGUUGCUGCAAUGAAAGAACGCAACCAAAACAGCUUGGAUCCCAACACGUCAUUCGCAAACUAUCUCCUAAGUGAGCUGAAGACACUCAGUGACAGUGGAUCUGCUUCAGUUAGAAAUAAAGUUACAUUGUUUUUUUUACAAUGUUUGGAAGAGGAGAGAAGCAAUCAUUUAUUUGAGUGUUAAAACAUCCCUAUUUUCUUUUUAUUAUAUGACUGACUUAUCACUUAAUUAAUUUUUAAAAUAAUUAAUGAAUUUUUUUUAUUUUUCUGUUUUAUGGAUCUCAUUUGUUUUAAAAGCUUGUAAAUAAAAUCUUUACAAUUAAAUUGUUUUAUAUCAUUUUAUUUAAACUUUUAUAUAUGUUUGUAUUGGAAGGGAACUUCGCCUUCUUCUACAAAAUAUUGGGAAAACUCGUCCCUUACAGUAGAACAAUUAGGUGCAAUAUAAGACCGAUGAGGUUGUAGAUUUAUAAGACUA